AAGCUACGAUCAGCUCUCGCCGUUGGUUUGGAAAGACAAUGCUUGGAGAAGAGCCGGUCAAGACCAAUAUCAUUGUUCCAAACCAUCCGUUUCGGACUUUGGAUGCCCCUCUCCUCCGUGAUGACUUUUACUGCUCAACGCUAGCAUAUUCUACUAUCGCUGGAACCCUUGCUGUUGGUCUUGCACAUCGCGUUUAUCUGUGGUCUGAGGCGUUUGGUGUGCAGCAUCCUCCUCUUGACGAACAGGAUCCCUCGAACUAUGUGACAUCUCUAUCAUUCUCUUCCGAUUGUGGUGGCAAGAGUAUUUUAGCCAUUGGAAGAAAGUCAGGUAUGCUGAGCCUCUGGAGCACUUUCGACUUCGACGUACGUUUCGAGAUAAGCCAUUCGGAUACCAUCACUUGUGUAGCGUUCAAACAGACAAAAUCUAGAAGGCUAUCCGAGAAGUUUGAAGGCCUCGAGGUAGACACGGAAGAUCUCGCUAUAGGCGACGACCUUGGAAAUAUUUGGUAUUAUUCAGUGGAGUGGCCAGUAGAAGAAGUGCGGCAGCGGUUUCGCUGGAAUGGCGCAGUGACUUUACUUGCCAAAAUAUCCGCUCAUACACAGCAGGUUUGCGGCAUAGCAUGGUCGCCCGAUGGACUUUACAUGGCAACUGGAGGUAAUGAUAACGUUUGUCUUCUGUUUGAACUUCAUGAUAUUAUCCCUUCGCGAGAACUUGGUGUUUCAUCCAAUGCCUACUCACCGCGCCAAGAUUGCAACCCAGAGGACAUGGAAUAUCAAGAUUCAUUUUCUUGUUUUGCGGCAAACGCAAGCCGACGGCUAUUCAAUAAACGGCAUCUUCUUGGCCAUUUGCUUCCGUCAUUGACUGCGCCACGAACCAGGUCUUUGUCAGCUCCCCUACCAUCUGUCUUCAGCCAGGAUGGUUCUAUAAUCUCAAAGGGUGAAAGAACAGCCUUCAUCCCGUCCAAUCGCCAAAAGCAUAAAUUGGUUCAUUCUGCAGCCGUCAAGGCGAUUGCAUUUGCACCCUGGCAACCAUCCCUUCUCGCGACUGGGGGAGGCUCUAAUGACCGUGCUAUUCAUUUCUAUCAUACUCCAUCUGGUGCAUGUCUAGCCACGAUCAAUGUGUACGCUCAGGUGACUAGCUUGAUUUGGAGCAGGACCCGACGGGAAAUUGUCGCGACGUUUGGAUUUGCACAGCCCGAACACCCUUUCCGAAUCGCAGUCUUUGCAUGGCCAAGCUGCGAACAAAUUGCGGCAAUCCCAUGGGGGCCUCACGGUGGCAGCUGGGACAGUCCUACCGACAACACACUAGUCGAUUGUGGGCGUGCACUUUGUGCUGUAAGUUACCCUGGACGACUCCCAUCUUAUCUAUACGAAACGCCUGAGGUUCUAGAUGAGCCUUCUACAGCAACCCCGGCAAUCCGGGCUCGAUUGACUGGACAGGACCAAACUAGACCAGCUCAGCGUCUGGUUGAGCGAGUGGUUGUCAAGCCUAGAGCUAAAGAAGGGGGUCUGUGGUGUUCGCGGACUGUACAGGAAGGUUGUAUUAUCGUAGCAUCUAGUGAUCAGAGCGUCAAAUUCCAUGAAGUAUGGAGUGUAUCGAAAGGACGUAAAACCUCAGCAGCUGGUCCUUACGGAGGCAGUGAGAUACUGGAGGGGCUCGAAGGACUGGAAAAUCCAGGACCCGAUAUUAUUCAUUAAACGCGAUGCUAACCAUCACGCGUAUUAUCAGCUGUACUAUUCUUAUACCAACCUUGACAGAGAGGAUGGAUAAUAGUCAAUCAAUCGAA